UGGGCUGAAAACCUGCUAAACAAGAUGCUUCAGAUUGACUUUGUUUUGCUUCUUUAUCUGCAGGGUGAUCUCACUCGCUGCUGAUGUGGGAGAGGAGAAAAGGAGUGGCCUGUUGAGGAGCUCUGGAGCGUAAACCUCACACCACAUGGAAUCGGGAAACAGAGAGCAUAUUCUCUUCAUUUCUUAAGGUCAACAAAAAAAACAAUAACAAAAGAGGAAGAUGGGAAGGGAAGUUGUGUCUGCUGGAGAUGUGAGCUUGUGUUGUUGAAAGACUGAGUACAUUCAGGUCAAAAGUAGUGCAUUACAUAACAUACAAUGGAUGCAAAUACAGCUGCAAAUAUCCACAUCCCUAAGGGAAGGAAGGUGGCUAUAAACAUACUAUUCAAACAUCAAACUGUUAUGCAUUAUUGGUAAAUACAUAUUGUGUGAGAUCGUAUGGGUGUGGUGUUGAAUCGUAAAUAGAACCAGGAGAAAAGGUAACCGGUGCAAAACAAAAAUGUCUGCAAUGCAUAUAACAACAUUAGUUGAUAAUAUAUGUUAUAGUACGUCUUAACAUGCCAUGCUUAAAUGUCAGAGUGUAAAGAGGGAACCAGGUACAAAAACAUGUACUGACAGUUUAAGAGGACCAGUAUAUUGAGCAAACAUAUUGGCAAUGGUGGAAAACAACCCACUGAAGAAAAUGUCUAUCUAACUUCUCAUAUACAUCAUAGUUUGAAUAUUGUCUUCUUGUAGAAUAUGACAGCCUGCCCUUGGGGACUAAUUUCACAAAACUUGUUUAAGGAAAAGUUGUCAACAGACCACUGCUUUGCCACGUAAAUAGCGUAGGUACGUGAAGUUGGUGAACCCGCAGCCACUUUCACACUUUCAAGGCAGUUUUACGACAAGUGUGUAACAUCAUAUUUACGUUACGUACUGGAAGAGAAAGUAACGCUGGCUUAGCUUUAUGUCAAAUAGUAUUUAAAAUCAAUUACAGAACAUGAGACCACGCAAGAAACUAUGUAAACCAAGGGAUUAUUGAACGUGUUACUUUAGUUAGACACUUUCACUUACCUGCCGACAAAGUUUUCCAAGACUGAGCUUUUCCCAGCGCUCUGUCCACCGACCACAGCAAUCUGAGGAAGGUCUAAAUUACAACUCUGGCCAAUGGAGCUGAACGCGUCUUGAAGCUUGUUGAUCAGGGGAAUCAGGUCUUCCAUGCCCCGGUUCCCCAUGGCUUCGUUAGCUCGGAGAGCCCCUUCAACAGGACGCAAACCAGACCCAAAAGCUAGCCGCGCUAACUAGCUAGGUAACGUUAGCUUAGCAGGAAGGUGCUCUCGGGUUACUCUACAGAGUGGAGAUCCGCCGUUUCAAACAGUGCCGGUUUUUGUCCUCACCUUGAACAGUUGAACGGUUACCGGUAAUGCGAAUCACACUUAUAUCAUUUCGGGAUCUUUUAAGUACAUUAACUACGUGCCCAGUCAGUCGAAAGGGACGGAAAACUCGCAAAACAAAACUUCCUCUACAAAACACACCAUCCGGUGAGACAGGAGAUGACAUCCGAUCGAAACCGGCGAGUAGAGACCCGCCUCUUGUCAUAGAAACCAGAUAGUCUAUUGGCUACCUAAGCUGCCUCUCUGUCUAACUGACAUUCUUAUUGGAUAGUCAAAAGGCGUGUUCUUUGCUCUAAAAAAAUAUCUCAUCUCUGAUUGGUCAAGACGUUUUCCAAUUUGCUGCCGCUCACGUCACAUUUUCAAUAUGGCUGCUACCAGAGCGUGUGGAGUUGAGGCAAACACUUCUGAGAACAUCAUGUCCCUCAAGAAAGCUUUAUCUGCAGCUUCUCCACUCACUCUGCGAAUCAUCGCUGAAUGCCCAGUCACAAAAGCAAGAGCUUGUGAUCUAAUACUGCCCCACUCUGCCGUCAGCACCCCGGUCUUCAUGCCUGUCGGGACUCAGGGCACUCUGAAGGGAAUCACUGUGGAUCAGCUGGACGGUCUUGGCUGUCAGAUUUGUCUUGGAAACACAUACCACCUCGGCAUGAGACCGGGGCCUGAUUUGAUCGAGAAAGCCAAUGGUUUACAUGGGUUCAUGAAUUGGAACAGGAAUCUUUUAACUGACAGUGGGGGGUUUCAAAUGGUGUCCCUUGUCGAGCUCUCAGAGGUCACAGAGGAAGGGGUGAAGUUCAAGUCCCCCUAUGAUGGCAAAGAGACUCUUACUCCUGAGAAAUCCAUCAGCAUACAGAACAGUCUAGGUUCAGACAUCAUGAUGCAGCUUGAUGAUGUGGUCAGCAGUACGGUGACAGGGCCCCGGGUUGAGGAGGCAAUGCACAGAUCCAUUCGCUGGCUGGACCGCUGCAUAUCAGCCAAUAAAAAUCCAGAAAAACAAAACCUAUUUGCCAUCAUUCAGGGAGGAUUAAAUGCAGAGCUGCGCAAGGCCUGUCUAGAUGAAAUGACUCAACGUGAUGUUCCCGGUUUUGCCAUCGGAGGCCUCAGUGGAGGAGAGGAGAAGGAUGAUUUCUGGAGGAUGGUGACCCUGAGCACCGACCACCUGCCACGAGAAAAGCCUCGAUAUCUCAUGGGUGUUGGGUAUGCUGUGGAUUUGGUGGUGUGUGUAGCUCUGGGAUGUGAUAUGUUUGACUGCGUGUUCCCCACCCGCACUGCGAGGUUUGGUUCAGCAUUGGUGCCUUGGGGAUCUAUUCAGAUAAAACAAAAGCUGUAUGCCAAAGACUUCCAGCCCAUAGACCCAGACUGCCAAUGUCCAACAUGCAAAAUACAUAGUCGGGCUUACCUCCAUGCUCUGUUUAAGAGUGACAGUGCAGCCAUGCAUCACGUCACCAUCCAUAACAUUGCCUAUCAGCUCACCCUGAUGCGCUCGGUGAGACAGAGCAUUGUGGAAGGCUGCUUCCCUGAGUUUAUACGGACGUUCAUGAAACGCAUGUUUCCCUCUCGUGACCAGUACCCGGGCUGGGCCGUGGACGCUCUCGCCUCCGUCAACAUUACAUUGGAAUAAAACCUGGAAGGCAACCGUCAUGCUCUCAAGGGGGAUGUCAAACAGUGACUGAAAGAUUUUAAAUGGCUUUUUUUAUGGAUGAUUGUUUUUUACUCUUUGUUUAUACUUGUUUAUAAAUUGCCUGUUUGUUUGGCGAUGAGGCUUUUGAUCUGAGCGGAUGAAAUCUGAUUGUCUUCUGCUUUACUCUGCAAAUUGUCCUCAUACUACACAUUAUGGUAAUGUGAGACUGAAUGGGGUUUAAAUUUGAAACACAUGAACUAUCUCCUCUGAUGUGCACCAACAUUUUUUGUUGUUACCAUGGCUACGGAGUUGGCCCACCCAUUGGAAAUGAAAUGUUUUGCCUUUUUUGUCAACCUGGUUUUUCAAUUUUUGCCAAAGGCACAAGAUAAAUAAAUGUAUUUGUAUUCUGGCGUUUUAACCUAAACUCCUACAGAAUAGUGGUUGUCAUAUGCAUGUUUGAACAUAUGAAUGAAUUCAAACUCACUAAAGAUUGUGUGCUUGUGUCAUUAUGACCACCAGAGGGCAAAAUAGACAUAACCAGAGCAAUGUGACAAAAUGCAAUAUUUUAAGCUUUCCUGUAGGGUUAAAAGCAGUCCAGCUGAAUCUAAUGAAUGCAAAUCAUUCAAUUACCAGUAGGAAUAUGAGCUGAAAUGUAGGAAAGCACAAAAACAUUGCAUUCCAAAAAUUAUAACUAAGUCAGCAUCCAUCUAAAUAUCAAAUCAUUAUUCAAUGCUAUUAU